AUGGCCCACCAUGACGACGGCAAGGACUACCAUGUCCAGCAUGACCACCCGACGCCGCUGCCGGCUUCUGAUGGCCCGGCCGUCGCCGCCGCCGCCCUUGGCGUUUCCGAACAGGAACGCGCCCGUCACGGCCACGGCAUUUCGCCUACCGUCGAAGACCACACCCUCGAGUCGCACCCCGACAAGACAGACAGCAGCUCCGAUGACUUCAACGCCAUCGACCCCAAGUCUGGCGUCAAGCGCGGGUUGAAGACGCGCCACCUCAGCAUGAUGGCCCUUGCUGGCAUCAUCGGGCCUGGCCUUCUCGUCGGUUCAGGCGGUGCUCUCGCCAACGGUGGUCCUGCUUCGCUGAUCAUUGGCUUUGGCGUCAUUGGCAUCGUGGCCUUCAGCAUCAUGCAGAGUCUCGGCGAGAUGACGACCUUGUACCCCUCAGGCGGCGCCUUCACGGCCCUGGGCGAUCGCUUUGUCGACAAGGCUUUUGGUGUCGCGAUCGGCUGGAACUACUACAUCAUCUGGUUCUGCGUGCUCGCCAACGAGUACAAUGCGCUGUGUAGCAUCUUUGUCUAUUGGAGCGACAAGGUGCCUCUUUGGGGAUACUUCCUACUGUUCUGGUUUGCCUUUACCGGCUUUCAACUGCUUGGUGUUGAAUCCUUCGGCGAAUCCGAGUUCUGGCUCGCCCUGCUGAAGCUCGUCGGCCUUGUCGCUUACUUCUUCUUCUCGCUCGUCUACGUCUCCGGAGGAAUCCCCGGUCAGGAGGCCCUCGGCAACCGCUACUGGGUCGACCCCGGCCCAUGGAACAAUAAUGGCUUCCGAGGCAUGGCUACUGUUUUCGUCUUCUGCUCGACGUUCUACGCCGGCGUUGAAUCUGUUGCCGUGGCCGCCACAGAGACCAAGAACCCUGGCCGUGCCGUGCCCCUCGCCAUUCGCCAGGUCUUCUGGCGCAUCAUCUUCAUCUACAUGGGCUCGGCUAUCUUUUUUGGCCUCACCUGCCCCGCCAACUCGGACAUGCUCGUCAACGCCAAUGCCAAGGCCCUGCAGAGCCCAAUGACGGUCGCCAUUCAGAACGCUGGCUGGCAGGGUGGCGUGCACCUGAUCAAUGCCUUCAUCUGCGUCACUUGCUUGAGCGCCUGUAACGCUUCCAUCUACAUCGGCUCGCGCACGCUGCUCUACAUGGGUCAGGACGGCAAAGCGCCCAAGAUCCUCGGCUGGACCAACAAGCGCGGUGUUCCCAUCCCGGCUAUUCUCUUCACUAACCUCUGUGGCGCCCUGUCCAUGAUGAACAACAGCACCGGUGCCGGCAAGGCGUACGGUUACAUUGUCAACCUCAGCGGCGUGUCGACGUUUCUCGUCUGGGGCUCCAUCUCGUUUGUGCAUAUUCGCUUCCGCCAGGCCUGGAAGGCACAGAACCUGAACGAGGCCGACCUGCCGUUCAAGUCGCUGCUGUACCCGUACAACGCAUACUUUGGGCUCGGCGCCAACAUGUUCCUGGCUCUCGUGCAGGGCUGGACGAAUCUGUCGCCGUUUGAUGCCGGUGGCUUUGUCGAUGCAUAUAUUCUGCUGCCGCUGCAGGAGGCGCGAUCUCGAGCCCACGAGGGAGAGAGAGGCUGA